AUGAAGUCCUGCAAGCCCAGCAAUCCCGCGCCCGGAGCGCGUGCCGCGCCCCCGUGCGCUGGCGGCGCCGAGUGCGCGGGCGCGUGCGCCGGGGCCGGCCGGCUGGAAAGCGCAGCGCGCAGGCGCCUGGCGGCCAACGCGCGCGAGCGCCGCCGCAUGCAAGGACUGAAUACUGCCUUCGACCGCCUGCGCAGGGUGGUACCUCAGUGGGGCCAGGAUAAAAAGCUGUCCAAGUAUGAGACCUUGCAAAUGGCUCUGAGCUACAUCAUGGCUCUGACCCGCAUUCUGGCUGAGGCCGAGCGAUUCAGCUCGGAGCGGGACUGGGUCAAUCUCCACUGCGAGCACUUCGGCCGCGACCACUACCUCCCGUUUGCGGGCGCGAAGCUGCCGGGCGAGACCGAGCCCUAUGGCCAGAGGCUCUUCGGCUUCCAGCCGGAACCCUUCCAAAUGGCCAGUUAG